UGAGUGUUUGGGAGCAGCGCGGGGAAUACGGUUUGCAAGGCACGUCGCGUCCCGCCCAGCCUGUUGAGCAGGUAGACGGGAGUGAGCCCGAGCGUGAGUACCGCGGUCGCCUGUGCGUGGGGAUUUGCGAGGCGCGCCCUGGAGCUGCCGGAGAUCCCGAAACGCAGCCGCGAGGUCUGGGAAGCCAGCGACACAUCAAAUGAAAGAAAAUAGCCUAAACUUUUGAGCCUCUGGAUCGUUGGGGAUUGUGUCGUCUGGCUGUUGGGAGGAUCGAUGGAACAGUUCCCGUGAGGCUUGACUGUAAAUACAGAAUCCCCAGCACCGUGCCAGGCACAUCGUAGGAAACACCGCAGUCACCAGGACCUUUGAUCUGAUAGUGGCUUCUGUUUGUCAGUCCCGCAUAAAAAGAAGAGCUCAUCGGGAGGCUAUCCACGGCAGGGCGAGAGGCUACCAACACCAUGUUCUGCACGAAGCUGAAAGAUCUCAAGAUCACAGGAGAGUGCCCUUUGUCCUUACUGGCACCGGGGCAGGCUCCCAAAGAGCCCGCAGAAGAGGUAGCAGGAAGCUCAGAGAGUGGCAAAACAACUCUGCCCAUCUGUCAGGAUGUUCCUGAGAAGAAUGUACCAAGAAGUCUUCCUCAAAGAAAGACCAGUAGGAGCCGCGUCUACCUUCACACAUUAGCAGAGAGCAUUUGCAAACUGAUUUUCCCAGAGUUGGAGCGGCUGAACCUUGCACUUCAGAGAACAUUGGCAAAACACAAAAUAAAAGAAAGCAGGAAAUCUUUGGAAAGAGAAGACUUUGAAAAAAUAAUUACAGACCAAGCAAUUGCAGCAGGAGUUCCAGCAGAAAUCAUCAAAGAAUCUCUCGGUGAAGAGCUUUUCAAAAUAUGUUAUGAGGAAGACGAACACAUCUUAGGUGUGGUUGGAGGAACCCUCAAAGAUUUUUUAAAUAGCUUCAGCACCCUUCUGAAACAGAGCAGCCACUGCCAAGAGGCAGAAAAGAGAGGCAGGUUCGAGGACGCUUCCAUUCUAUGCCUGGAUAAAGAUCACAAUUUCUUAAAUGUUUACUAUUUUUUCCCUAAGAGAAUCACGUCUCUGAUUCUUCCUGGCAUCAUUAAGGCAGCUGCUCACAUUUUGUACGAAACCGAAGUGGAUGUGUCACUGAUGCCUCCCUGCUUCCGUACUGAAGGCAGCGAGUUCGUUAAUCAGCCCUAUUUGUUAUACUCGCUUCACGUCAAAAGCACCAAGCCAUCCCUGUCCCCGGGCAAGCCCCAGUCCUCGCUGGUGAUUCCUGCUUCCCUCUUCUGCAAGACCUUUCCUUUUCAUUUCAUGUUCGACAAAGACAUGACAAUUCUGCAGUUUGGCAAUGGCAUUAGAAGGCUGAUGAACAGGAGAGACUUUCAAGGAAAGCCUAAUUUUGAAGAGUACUUUGAAAUUCUGACUCCAAAAAUCAAGCAAACGUUCAGUGGAAUCCUGACCAUGUUGAACAUGCAGUUUGUGGUCCGAGUGAGGAGGUGGGACAACUCUGUAAAGAAAUCUUCCAGGGUGAUGGACCUCAAAGGCCAGAUGAUCUACAUUGUUGAAUCCAGUGCAGUCUUGUUCUUGGGCUCACCCUGUGUGGACCGAUUAGAAGAUUUUACGGGACGAGGGCUCUACCUCUCAGACAUCCCGAUUCACAAUGCACUGAGGGACGUGGUGCUGAUAGGGGAGCAGGCCAGGGCACAGGACGGCCUGAAGAAGAGGCUGGGCAAGCUGAAGGCCACCCUUGAGCAGGCCCACCAAGCCCUGGAGGAGGAGAAGAAGAAGACCGUGGAUCUCCUGUGCUCCAUAUUUCCCUGCGAGGUUGCACAGCAGCUGUGGCAAGGGCAAGUCGUGCAAGCCAAGAAGUUCAGUGAUGUCACCAUGCUCUUCUCAGACAUCGUUGGGUUCACCGCCAUCUGCUCCCAGUGCUCUCCGCUGCAGGUUAUCACCAUGCUCAAUGCACUCUACACUCGCUUUGACCGGCAGUGCGGAGAGCUGGAUGUCUACAAGGUGGAGACCAUUGGCGAUGCAUAUUGUGUGGCUGGGGGAUUACACAAAGAAAGUGAUACCCAUGCUGUUCAGAUAGCACUGAUGGCCCUGAAGAUGAUGGAGCUGUCUGAUGAAGUUAUGUCUCCCCAUGGAGAACCUAUCAAGAUGCGGAUUGGACUACAUUCUGGGUCAGUUUUUGCUGGAGUCGUCGGCGUUAAAAUGCCUCGUUACUGUCUUUUUGGAAACAACGUCACCUUGGCAAACAAAUUUGAGUCCUGUAGCGUACCACGGAAAAUCAACGUCAGCCCGACAACGUACAGAUUACUCAAAGACUGUCCUGGUUUUGUGUUUACCCCUCGAUCAAGGGAGGAACUCCCACCAAACUUCCCCAGUGAAAUUCCUGGAAUCUGUCAUUUUCUGGAAGCUUAUCAACAAGGAACAAAUUCAAAACCAUGGUUCCAAACGAAAGAUGUUGAAGAUGGCAAUGCCAAUUUUUUAGGCAAAGCCUCAGGAAUAGAUUAGCAAAAUGUAAACCCGGUUAUUAGGCUUGGGUUUUGACUCCUACGAGCAUGUGUGGAAUCUCUGAAAGCACUUUAAGAUUGCAGAUGACUAAGAACAAUAUUCAGAUUUCAGGAGCUAAGUCACCAUCUACUUUUUCUUCCAUUUAACAUGACAAAAAUGUAUUCACUUCAAUACUUCAAGUCUUCAGAGGAAAAAAAAAAAAGGAAAGAAGCCUCAAAAAUGACAUUUGGGGGAUAUUUCUGUUACUAUAACAAACACUUAUUACCUGUACUCAAAACUCAGCACCUUGUACAUAUAUCCGGUAAUUGUAGUGACCUGACUUGCACACACUGAUGGGGUUACCUGCAGUCUGUGCCCUAGUGGAAUGGUUGUUAAAGUGUAUUUGUGAUAGUGUUGCCUUAAAAAAGCUUUCUGAAUAGAAAUGAUAGUCUUUGAUACCAUAAGCUCUUUGAACCUUUCAAGUCUGCCUUUUCUUACAUUUCUUCAUUUAACUGUUGGCAUAGAUAACAAAAUAGGUUGAGUAUUUUUUCUGUUGCACUGUUUCUUCUCCAUUUUUUAAGAAGAUAAGCAAUUAUGGGUUAGAUGCAAUAUGAAUAUAAAAUAGUUCAUCUAUAAAUAUCAAAGACUGUUUUAUAAAAAUAUCUGCCAUAACAUAAUGUGUCAUAUCAAUAAAUAUCGACUUUUGUUUGACAUUA